AUGACGGAGACGAUGGCGCUAAGUGGAAACUGUAGGACUAACCCCAAAGAGCAGGCAUCAGUUCAGAACAGUUUCCCAGAUGUUGUUGAAUUAAACGUAGGAGGGCAGGUUUAUUACACGCGUCACUCAACUCUGGUAGGCACCCCGAAUUCACUACUGGGCAAAAUAUUCUCCGCCAAAAAAGAUGCGUCUAACGACUUAGCGCGGGACCCCAAGGGCCGCUACUUCAUCGACAGAGAUGGGUUUUUGUUCCGGUACGUGUUGGACUACCUCCGAGACAAGCAAGUCGUCCUCCCUGACCACUUCCCAGAGAAAGGCAGGCUCAGGAAAGAAGCGGAGUACUUCCAGCUGCCCGACUUGGUGAAGCUCCUGACCCCUGAGGAUUUCAAGCACAGCCCGGACGACUUCUUCCACAGCGACUAUGAAGACGGGUCCCAGGGCAGCGACCACCGGGUGUGCCCGCCGCCCUCCCUUGUGCCUGCUGACAGAAAAAGCGGCUUCAUCACGGUGGGGUACAGGGGGUCAUGCACCAUGGGCCGGGAGAGCCAAACCGACGCCAAGUUUAGGAGGGUACCUCGGAUACUGAUAUGCGGGAGGGUGGCCCUGGCCAAAGAAGUUUUCGGGGAGACCCUGAACGAGAGCAGGGACCCGGACAGGACCCCGGAUCGGUACACCUCUCGGUUUUACCUCAAGUUCAAGCACCUGGAGAGAGCUUUUGACAUGCUGUCGGAGUGUGGUUUCCAGAUGGUGGCCUGCAACUCCUCAGUCACAGCCUCGUUUGUCAACCAGCACACAGAGGACAAGAUCUGGUCCAGCUACACAGAAUACGUGUUUUACCGUGGUCCAUCACGUUGGUCCUCCCCUCCAUGCGACUGCUGCUGCAAGAACCACAAGGGUGAUGGCGAGGGCGAGAGCGUCACCUCCUUCAACGAGCUCUCCACCUCCAGCUCCGAGAGCCAGUCAGAGGCCAGCUCUCCCCAGGGAACGGUCAUCUGUGGGCCAGUCAGCCGCCAGCCACACCCCCACUCCCACGUCCAGACUCUGGACCGGCCGCUGAAGAAAGGCCCGGUUGCGAUGCUCCAACAGUCUGAACAACGGCGGAAGAGUGACUUGCUGCGCACGCUAACGGCAAGCUCACGUGACACUAGCACCUCCAAGAAGAGGCCGGCGAAAGAGAAGCUGACCGUCGAGGAGGAGCUUGAAAAGUGCAUUCAAGACUUCCGCAAGAUCAAGAUCCCCGAGAGGUUCCCUGAGAGGAAGUACAUGUGGCAGGCCGACCUGCUCAGAAAGUAUCGCCUCUGA